GUUUAAAUUCAACAGGUUUAUUAAUAUAUGGAAUGGAAAUGAAGUGGUACAAUGUUUUGUUUUUCAAGUUGACUGGUUUUGAUUUUGGUAACACGGGUUACGAUCAUGCUUUGACUUUUCUAUCAGUUAAGAUAAAUACGAUUGCUUAACUUUUUAUUACCACUUUGUGACCUCUUUCAGACCUUCAUCAGAAAGUCACAAUUUAGUAUUCGCUUUUCUACGUUUAAUUUAUCAUGGAAAAUCAAAAUAAUUUGAAAAAACAUUUUAGAGUUUUAUCAGUCCAGAGUCAUGUAGUUUCAGGUUAUGUGGGAAAUAAAAGUGCUUGUUUUCCGUUGCAACUGCUUGGACUUGAAGUGGAUUUUAUCAACUCUGUUCAAUUUUCAAAUCACACUGGAUACAAGGUCAUAAAGGGGCAAAUCUUAAAAUCAGAAGAAUUGCAUGAUUUAUAUGAAGGUUUGAAAGCAAAUGAACUUUUGAAUUAUACUCAUGUGUUAACAGGUUAUGUUGGAAAUGAAACAUUUUUAACCAAACUUUCUGAAAUUAUUCAAGAUUUGAAACAAAUUAAUCCUGAUAUAUUUGUGGUGUGUGAUCCUGUAAUGGGUGACAAUGGUGUCAUGUAUGUUCCUCCUGAGGUACUUCCAAUUUAUCGAGAUAAACUGAUUCCUCUCUCGGAUUUAAUUACUCCAAAUCAAUAUGAGGCAGAACUAUUAACUGGGAUAAAAAUCAAAUCCAGGGAAAAUAUUACGAGUGUAAUGGAUGCAUUUCAUGAAAAAGGAGUUAAAACUGUUAUUUUGUCUAGCGUUGAAUUGGAGAAUUCAGAAAAGCUUCAUUUAUUUGGAAGUUCAAUUUUAAAAAAUUCAAAAAGUCUGGUAUCAAUGGAUAUUCCCAAAUUGCCUUCUUCAUUUACUGGUACUGGAGAUUUGUUUUCUGCUCUUCUUUUAGCUUGGAUGGCUAAAACAGAUGGAGAUUUAAAACUGUCAUGUGAAAAUGCUGUAAAUUCUUUACAGUGUGUUUUAAAGAGAACCUUAGAUUAUGCUGAAAGGAAGAGCAAAUCCGUAGCUACUAUGGAGCUGCAAUUAAUUCAGAGCAAAAAUGACAUUGAAAAUCCUCCGGUUAUACUAACAUGUCAAGACUUAUGAUUAUUCAUGUUUCUAGUGCUUAUGUUUAUAUAUGACUAAUUAAGAAAUAUUUUAUUGUUGAUUUCAUAUUAUACCAAUUGGAAACGUUCUUAUUUUAAUGAGUUACUCAUUUAAUUCUAAUGGUUUAUAUCACUGUGAAUAUUAACCUGCUAAAAUUUUUUUCUGAUUAUUUCAAAAAUUUAAUUAAUGAAUUUUAUAUUUGAUAUAAAAUGAGAAUUAUUUAAUAAAUGAACAACAACUCAGAUUACAUUACUCAUUUUAGUAAUA